CAAUGACGUCACAAAAAGUUAACAAGCGCGAAAUUCAAACUUGGAAAAGUUUAAAAGUUGGUAAAAAUAAUGUCAGCUUUAAAAACUGUGUUACCAAAGUUAGCUGAAUUCGGUGAAAAGAAAGAUGACAGUCGUUUCAGACAAAGAGGGAACAUUUCUAAGCAAACACGAGGCAAGCCUGCUAAAUUUGAUGUGGAAAACUCUGACCUGGAGAAGUUUCUCCCAGCUGUCAUUCAGGGAGAGUCUGUCAGUGUUUCUAUUGGAGAAAAUGACCAUGUUCCUGGCUCGAGCACAACUAAAGGGGAGGCCUUAUUCCCAGAAAUCAUUCACGCUGGUCGAUUGAAACCAAUCCACAAUGGACAGGAUCACUCAGAGCUGGAGAUAACUGGUCAAGACAUCCAAGUGCCCCCAAAGAAAGAGCCAGUAAUAUCACAAAAGACUCAGUUUGGUUUUGAAACAAUUCUGGAGACUGGUGGUGAAGAAAUACAAGAUGAUCCUCUUAAAAUUGAUGAGUCCCUAAGGCAGCUACUUGACUGCCAUUCUAUUGGAGUACCCAUUGAGAUAACAAAACGAGAUUACAUCCCAGGACGUGUUGCCAGACCACUUUUUCAUUGUCAGAGAUGUCUUGAUAACUGGGCGGCAUCCGGGAAACUUAUAACAGAUUGUGACUCACCACCCAAGCCAGUCAAGGGACCUUUAUUCAUGUUGUCUCAAAACACUUCUUUGUUUAUCAAGAAGCUGAAAGACAAUGAGACCCAUUCCAGAUACUCACAUGGUAACCCAAACUUUUUCCUUGGCCACCAGCCCAAUAAGGAAGAAGAAUCAUAUGAUUCAACUUCCUAUUCAGAUAGUUCCGACUCUUCUAUAACUGUUUCUGAAGACAACAGACAACAAAGCAAAAGAAAUCGGAAGAAAGUAAAAGGUCAUAAAAUAAGACAUGAUAAGGAUAGAGAAAACUCGAAGCACAGACAGAGGAAACAAACAAAAAAGAAAAGAAAGCACAAGGAUAAAAUUGCUCAAGCGAUAACAAGCAGUCUUGAGGUGCUGAAAAAGGCACUUUAUAACUCUAGUAGCUUUGACAGUGAAACAGAUGAAUACAGUGGUAGUGCUACUAGGGGUAGAAGUGAAAAAGGCAGGCGCAAACAUCAUAAAAGCUACAAAAAGAAUAAAAUGAUUGAUUUUACAAGUUCAUCCAGCGAUUCUUCAACUUUCGAUGAUGACCUGUCUGACAGUUCUAAAAUGAGAAAGACAAGGAAAUCAAAAGAUAGAAAUAGGGAAAAUGGAAAACACUACUUAAUGUCAUCUGAUGAAAGUGACUAUGAUGAAAAAAAGCAUGCAGAACGUAAAUCAAAACAAGAAAAAAUCAGGAGAAAACGACAGAAAAAAAGAGCAAAACAAUUGAUAAAAAAAGCCAAACAAGAGAGACGACAAGAAGCCCAGAAACUUAGUGAGGAGUAUGAGAACAUGGGGAUACCUGUACCAAAGACAGAAACAACAACACCAGGAGAGUACACAACAAAUGGAGGCCUGAAGCUGCAGGGGCGACAUGGACAAAAUGGUUUAUUCUACACAGGAACAUAUAAUGAGGAUGGCGAGUUCAUUACAGAAGGAAUAGUUGACAAGAAUGGGAGGCUACACACAGGUUUCCUGGGAGAGGAUGGCAGAUUCUAUAUCUCGGAAAAAGAGGGCUCUGUCAUAGAUCUUACAGGGCUGACAAGGGACAGUACUCUGAACCUGCAAGACAUUUUCAGUCAGAGACGAGGUUCUACAGGCGACUUCUCCACCAGGGAUGGCAGCACAUUCUCUCUUUACUUCCCCAGUGAGAUGAGCAUUCACAUCACUGGCAGACAUAACAAUGAAUUAUCGUACGAGGACUACAAGGUGCUCAAGGCUCUAGCCAACUAUGACAGUGAUGUGGACAAUUCCUUUCUACUGCCUGGGAGAGACCAGACCAAAGUUCCAAGUAUAUAUCGUAAUUUAACACAGCGUGGAUCACAUGACUCUCUUAUGGAUAUUCUGAACAAAGAGGGUGCCACUGGUGGCUUGCAGCAUGGCUACCUUGACAACAUUGCCAAAGGUCAUGAACGGAGGUUGUCUUACAGGAAUGAUCCCCGCAUGCAUCCUGGUGAACAUAGCUUUAAAUCAGAAGAUGAAAGGAGUAAAUAUCACGAAACAGAGACUUCUACAGGAAGGAUGAAGUGGAGAACAAGAGGUGAUAGUGUUAAACAUCAUGGAACACAAAUGGCAAGAAAAAGCAGAAAUGAUUUACAAGAAAAUUCAACUAUUGAGAUGAAUGAGGAUGAUUACUCCCAGGAUACACUUUCAAACAUGAGUGGUAGCUAUAACAAGCAUGAACGUAGCAAACAAUAUAGAAGGUCCUCCAUUAUACCUCCUCACAUGUCCCAACCCACUCAUUCAAGACGUAACUCAACUGUCCUUGUGCCAAAAAAGAACUUUGCUGUGAAAAACAGAACGGGAAGACCCGAGACGAAGGCUGGUUAUCUGAAGAGCACUAUUUUUAGCACCAAAGACACAACCGCUGAUGAUACAACUGAAUAUGCAGCAGACAAUGAGACAACCGCUGAUACAACUGAAUAUGCAGCAGACAAUGAAACAACCACUGAGAUGAAUGAAGCCAAAGUGAGACAAGAUCAACAGGGAACUCAGAGUCGCCCAGCAACAGGGCAGAAACAACAGGCCAGUAGCCAUGUUCUAGCAAGCCGUAAAAAGACCAAGGGGACUAAGGGUGGCACUGAAAAAGCUCCACAGACGGAUAACGAAUAUGAUAUAAAAGAAAAAGACAACCAGGAUGAUGAUAACAUGGAAAAUGUGGAUGGUAAUGAUGCAGGAUCCACUGCUUCAGUGCAGAAACAAAAACGAAAGGCUACUGUGAAGAAAGAAACUACUGUUAAAAAUAAGAAGUUAAGGGAUCCCAAUAAUCCAGAAGAAUACCAAAAUCCUGAAACCCAAAUGUCAUACAGAAGCAACAAACACCAGAGCAUAACGGCAGCUAAUGUUGUGAUGUCCAGUAAUAAACCAGGGGGACAUAUGCAAUUGAGCCCCAGCACUUUGAUGCAAUCAGCUCACAGGGCCAGUCAUAGCAGCUGCCCAGAGAAUAUGGUUAGGACGCCCUCUCCAGGUCCCUGCACUGCCCAACUACCGACCCUUCCUCCACUGCCAUUAGAGAAGAUAAACAAUGAUCUCAGGGCAAAGCAACAAGAAUUUACAGUAGGGAGAGCACCAAAGCAAAUAGACGUUGAAGUAGAGAGUGAGAUCAAGCACACAAGCAGUGAGGAAUCUACAACAUCAGAAGAAAGUGAUGAUGUUUUCCCAUCAGUCAGCGCCACAUUAAAGUCAAAGAUAUCCUUCCCAGACCCUGAUGAAAUAUCAGUUCUAAACUUCUCCCCAGCUUUUACAUUUUCCAUUUUCACACUUCCUGCUGCACAUAAGAAACUGAAUGAUUCCUUGAUGGAAAAAGCUGAACUAUUACCGAUGCUGAAAAAACCAACUACUGCCAAAAAUAGAAAGCCUAAAAAGAAACAAACUGAGAACAAGUCAGCCCCAAAGAAAAAUGCAUUGGGAAAAUUUGCAAAUAAAAUGAGGACAAAACUAACAGCACCGAAACCUAAUUUCAUGAAAAAAUUGGCUCCAAUAAAGGAAACCAAGAAAACACCUCAAGAUAAAACCAAUAAUCAGAGAAAAAUCAAAACAGAUCAUCACAAAAUAAACAUUAAUCAAAAAGAAAACUUGUUACAUAAUGCUCAAAUGGAGAAGUCAGUGGCGCAUGAUUCAAAUCCAGAGAAUAAGACUGUAAACAAUAAAGAUAUAAUUGAUGCUGAGACAGAAGUCAAUAGAACACAAAACAUCAACUCAGAAGUUAAACUUGAUGAACCUAAAUUAUCAAGCAGUAAUGUAAGUCGAGAUUCUAAUAACUCAGCUGAUGAUAACAUGCAUUCACAAAAGGUUAGUAAAGAGAAUAUUAAUGAAGUCUUAGCUCUACAUACAACUGAGGACAAUGAGCAAAGUUGAAGUUUUCUCUAAAUGCUUCAGGAAGAUAGAUAAAAGACAAAUAGCUUAGAGAUAACACACAUAUUUGAUUGUAGUGCUCUGGAGUCAUGGAUAAAUUUAAAGCACUCCAAGUAGCUGACAGUAAAUUUAGUGGUAUUGUAAAUAAAUAAAUGUUUUAAAUAAAAAAAA